AGUAGGAAUAAUUAAUUCAAUUUGGGAUAAAAACAGUGAUGAUCAUCAUUAAAAACAUUGAUUCUGAUCAAACAGUUCCUCCUCCUACUAGGCAUCGGCUACGCUGUGCUCGAUGGGGCCUUCUAUCAUCUCUCCUCGUCCUGAUCUAUGGCUCACACGCCCCUCUUAUCGCCCUGACCAAAACCGAGGGCCACGUUCCCUUCAGCUCUUCGUCCUGUGUCCUUCUGAUCGAAUUCGGCAAGCUGCUGCUUUCUCUUGGUGCUCUGGUGGCAUCGGGAAACGUCCACGCCAUCUGGGUUUCUGUAUCCUGGAUCGCUGUGGUGCCGUAUGCUGUUCCUGCUUUUCUUUACGCUUUUAAUAACAACCUGGUGGUGUUCAUGCAGGCGUACAUGGACCCCAGUUCAUUCCAGGUCCUCAGCAACCUUAAGAUCGCCUCCACCGCUCUGCUCUAUACCACCUGCUUGAGAAAAAGGCUGAGGCCUGCACAGUGGAUCGCCCUGAUGUUUCUGAUGGGCACUGGUCUGUUGCACAGCUACAGCAGCCUGGAUCCAGAGAGGUCAGGUGAGUUGGAGGAGAACCUAAAACCCAGGCUUCAUAUCACCACAUGGGGUUUGCUGCUGAUGCUCGUGUAUUGCUUCAUCUCAGGUCUUGCUGCAGUCUACACUGAGAAAGUUCUGAAAAGUCAGCGUCUACCCCUGAGCCUGCAGAAUCUAUUUCUGUAUAUUUUUGGUGUGGGGAUCAAUCUGGUUUCACAUUUCUCCAGCAGUGGUGGAGAGAGAGGGUUUCUAGAAGGUUAUUCAGCACUGGUCUGGGUUAUCAUAGCAGGACAGGUGGCUAAUGGUCUUCUAAUGUCUGUGGUAAUGAAGCACGGGACUGGAAUCACUCGACUCUUUAUUAUCUCCUCAGCUAUGCUGGUAAAUGGAGUUUUGUCCUGGGGGCUGCUGGGACUGCAGCUCACACCAUUUUUUGUUCUGCCCGUGCUAAUGAUUGUAGUGGCUGUCUACCUGUAUUAUAGGUAGUAAAGCAGGAAAUAUUGUCAAUAUAGAAGAGACUUUUGGAUCACCAGAAUUACCAGAUUACCAGAGUGCUAUCUGUAAAAAAUAGGAAAACGUUUUAGCAAUGCUUAAUGAAAAUUUACUAGCAAUUAUUUAUAGCCUUGAGUCCUUACACCGUGUCUAAGACCUUAAUUCAUUUUUAGUCUGGUCUUUAUCCACCCAGCAGACUAGUGGGCAGUUUUGUCUGCUGCAGGCACUGCCAAUUGUGCCUGCUAGAGGUGCCCAGACGACCGGUAGCAGAGCUGAGAUUCAAACUUGGAGAGUUCUGAUUCCCAGUGCUGAUGUGCCAGUGUAAUAUCAGCACGUGACUCGCAGUGCUCAAGACUAGCCCACGUGCGAAUCCACCAAAUAAGAGCAAAUACACCCUUCUUGGAUGCGAUCAAGGUCCCCAGCAGAACUUAUCGGAGAACAUUAAUUUCUGUGUUCUUUACACCAUAGUUAACUAAAUGUACCAAGCAGAUGGCUUUAUUGACCGCUGGAUGACUAGAAGAAGAAGAACGCCUUUAUUUGUCAUUUAUACAUAUACAGGUGUACAGUACAACAAAAUUCUUUCUUCGCAUAUCCCAGCUUGUUUGGAAGCUGCGGUCAAAGCGCAGUGUUAGCCAUUGUACGGCGCCCCUGAAGCAGAGAGGGUUAAGGGCCUUGCUCAAGGGCCCAACAGUGGCUGCAUGGCAGAGCUGGGAUUCAAACUCUCAACCUUUCAACUAGACUACAAACUAGUCUUGCUUUUUUGUAAUGGUGGUGAAAAAAUGCAUUGCUGUCUGUGCACCUUAAUUGUGCAUGUACAUCCAAAUAUAGCAUACAAUUACUCAAAUCCUGCUCUUCAUAAGUGAGGGGAAAGGAUUCAAAAUUUGCCCUCCAGGGUAUGCCAGUGAAUGUGUUGUGCCAUGUGCACACCUGACCACUGAUGUUUACCUGAAAUAAACAGUAAGCAACAUGUGCUCAUCCUAGAAAAAUGUGCUUGUGUUCUCUUCUAAUUUCUCCUAAUAGGAGAGAGGAUUAUUUUACAUUUUUUACCCCACUGUUCCCACUUAUACCUGUACACACCGAGAUCUGUCAAACCAAUCACUACAGCUGACCUAGAAAUGACACAUUUGUUGUGCAUAGUGUGAUGCUGCACUUUAUUUCCAUCAGCUCUGAACAGAAUAGUUAUAAUAGCCUUUGAUAGUCAAUAUUAAAAACUAUGUAAUUGAAACCUUUUGUCCCAAACUCACUGCAAAUAGGGGGAAAUGCAGUUCAAGUUGUCUGAUACCAAAAGCUGAGAUAUUUUCUGCAGUUGGAAAAGAUCAUGGAAUAACAGUGUCUUUUUUUUCUUUUAAUGUUACUUUUUGUAUACAGUCUUUAGUUUGGGAACACCUGGUCAAACGCUGUGUUAAAAUAGGUAUAGGUAUAGAGUCCCUACAGUGAAGGUUCAGAUGAAGAACUAAUACCAUGAUGUUCAAAAUGCAUAAAGUGUGUGUGUGUGUGUGGCAUACUCAUUUCUUUGAGAUAACCAACAGAUGGUACUUGAACAUUCUUGUUUAAUGAGCAAUAGCAGUGCUAUACAAGGAGGAGGGAUAAAAUGUGGCCUUUGCCAUAGUAUUUGCACAUUAACAUUUUUUACCCAUCAAUCUUCACUAAUUCACUCAUAAUGACAAAUAGUAAAAAGUGUUUAUAGUCUAUAAAUCUACAGUAUAAAGAAUUUUUUUAAUUUUAAAAGUGACAUUUAAAGUAACGUUAAGUAAGUAAAGUUUUUACUUGGUUAUGGGUGACUGUGUAGAUUGUGGGGUUAAAAUAGCCAUUAAACAGAUUUGAAAUCAAACCCACACUACAGUAAAGUGUGCAAAAGGGGUGAAGAGAUAGAGAGAAAUGUUGCAAUUUGGCUUAAGGGGUUUCCAAACAUUUGCACAGAAACUCCUUGUCUAUUGAUAGUUUAAACAUUGUGACUGAAUAAAGUUUAACCACACUAUACUUAUUAUAUAUUUCAAUAUUUUGUUGUUAUUGUAUCAUUUAUUGUGUGUUGUCAUCUCAUAUGUCACCAAAGAACCAACAACUGAUAUAAAUCAUGUUGUUAAUGCUAAGUGCCAUCAGUCAUGUUACUGCUGUACUUUAUUUUUUCUUUUUUAAAGGUACAGAAUUGUGUGUAGUUCAGAGAAGUAUUUAAGAAAUCCUGAAAUAAAUAUUGUGAACGUG